UCUGGGGCGGGGUGCAUUUGGCCGGGUUACCUCUCCAAGCCGAGGGGGGACGGCACACCUCGGGCUUCACCAUGGAGGACUACCUGCAGGAUUGUCGAGCCGCUCUGCAGACAGGGACUCAAAUAACCUGGACUGGCUGAAACUUGAUAUUUAACUGAGGCUGGACCAAACUCCCGAUUUUCCUGCCUCUACCUCCCAAGUGCUGAGAUUACAAGAGUCCAGGCCUCUACAUGUUGUGCUGGGAAAUGAAGCCUGUGACUUAGACUCCAUGGUGUCUGCUCUCGCCCUGGCCUUUUACCUAACAAAGACCGCGGGGGCAGGAGAGAUCUUUAUACCCGUGUUAAACAUAAACCGUGCUGAGCUUCCUCUACGCGGGGACAAUGUCUUCUUCCUCCAGAAGGUUCAGAUUCCAGAGUCUGCGCUGGUUUUCAGGGAUGAGAUCGACCUCCACGCACUGCACCAGGCUGGCCAGCUCACCCUCAUCCUUGUUGACCAUCACGUCUUACCCAAAAGUGACGCUGCUCUGGAGGAGGCAGUAACAGAGGUGCUGGACCAUCGACCAAUUGAGCAGAAAUACUGUCCUCCCUGUCAUGUUUCAGUUGAGCUGGUGGGAUCCUGUGCUACCCUGGUGGCAGAGAGAAUCCUCCAGGGGGCGCCAGAGAUCUUGGACAGACAAACUGCCUCCCUAUUGCACGGUACCAUCAUUCUGGACUGUGUCAACAUGGAUGCAAAAAUUGGAAAGGCAACCCUAAAGGACAGCAAAUAUGUAGAGGAGCUGGAGGCCCUCUUCCCAGAUCUUCCCCAGAGAAAGGACAUCUUUGAUUCUCUGCAAAAGGCAAAGUUUGACAUCUCGGGCCUGACAACUGAGCAGAUGCUCAGAAAAGAUCAGAAGACAAUUUACAGACAAGGCACCAAGGUGACCAUCAGUGCAAUCUACAUGGAUUUGGAGGCCUUUCUGCAGCGGCUGGACCUCCUGGAAGAUCUCAGUGCUUUCUGCCAUGAGCACAGCUAUGAUGCCUUGGUUGCCAUGACUAUCUUUUUCAACACUCACAAUGAGCCAGUACGACAAUUAGCUGUUUUCUGUCCCCACUCAUCACUUCGAAUGACAAUCUGUGGAGUCUUGGAACAGUCCACCUCCCCAGCCUUGAGGCUGACCCCGAUCCCGAGCCGCUCCCCUGACCUCCAGGCCUACCUCCAAGGCAACACCCAGGUCUCUCGCAAGAAACUGCUGCCUGUGCUCCAGGACGCCCUCUCCGCCUACUUUGACUCAAGGAAGAUGCCGCCAGGGCAGCCUGAGGUAGUGGGAAUGUCCUCCAGGGAGCAGGCGGACAAGGAACUGGACAGGGCAGGUAACUCCCUGAUUUCUGGACUGAGUCAGGAUGACGAGGACCCUCCGCUGCCCCCCACGCCCAUGAACAGCUUGGUGGAUGAGUGCCCUCUGGAUCAGGGGCUGCCUAAGCUGUCAGCCGAGGCUGUCUUUGAGAAGUGCAGCCAGAUCUCGCUGUCCCAGUCAGCCAGAGUCUCCCCAGCAAAGAAAUGACUGUUGGGAGGGGUGGGGAGAGUGGAGGAGGUGGCUGCCCACCUCAAGUGCAUGUUUGGAGAUGUCUGACCAUUUCAGCGUCUGUUGCUCCAGGAUCUGGUGUACUGUUCUGAAGCUGGGAGGGAAGGAAGCAGCUGCUCUAAGAAUGGCUUCCUGCCUCUCCCAGCCGGUAUCUACCAGUCAGACAAGUUUGAUUAUUUUAUUAUUUAAUCUGCACUGAUUUUUCUGUUCGAAUUUUGAUGGGUGUGGUGUGAUAUGACCACUGUCCUAGCAGAGCAGGACUGAAGGAAUGUAGACCCCAUCUCCGUGUCUUCAGAAGGCCAUGGGCAGAGGCCGUAUCGGUCAUGAAACCAACUUCAUGUCUUCAUGAAUUCUCCAUUUCAUUUUUUUAAAGUUCUUUUUGAGACAGAGACUCGUGUAGCCCAGACUGGCCUUGAACUUUGUAUGUGUCUGAGGCGAGUCUUGAACUCCUAAUCCUCCUGAGUGGAAUUGUAGUCACGUAUAGCCAUACCUGACUAGUCUCUCGGGGUUUUUUUUGGGGGGGGGGUGCUUUUUUGUUUUUUUUUUUUUUUAUUGUUGUUGUUG